AUGUCCGACGGUGGGACGGGCCAGAAGCUUACAUUUGCCACGACUGUGGUAGCCGGAGUCGCUUCCCUCGCGGCAACGUUAUUGUCCGUCGUUUCGAUAUGGCUCCAGGCUAAGAAUUAUCGCAAGCCGCUGCUGCAGCGAUACGUGAUCCGCAUCCUGCUCAUGGUGCCCAUCUAUUCGAUUUCGUCCUGGACCAGCAUGGUGUCGUUGACGACGGCCGCGUUUCUCGACCCGAUCCGUGACAUCUACGAGGCGUUUACGAUUUAUACAUUUUUCCAACUGCUCAUAAACUACGUUGGUGGAGAGCGAUCAUUGAUCAUCAUGACGCAUGGGCGAGCUCCCGUCCAUCAUCUGUGGCCGAUGAAUCACGUCUGCCGCAAGGUCGACAUCUCGGACCCUUACACAUUCCUCUGGAUAAAGCGCGGCAUCCUGCAGUAUGCCUGGCUGAAGCCUAUCCUCGCCCUUGCGGCCAUCAUCAUGAAGGCUACCGGCACCUACCAGGAGGGUUUCAUCGGGGCGACGUCCGGCUACCUCUGGAGCGGCAUCAUCUACAACGUCAGCGUGUCUGUCUGCCUGUACUCGCUGGGCUUGUUCUGGGUCUGCAUGCACCACGACCUGAAGCCUUUCCGGCCAGUGCCCAAGUUUCUGUGCAUCAAGCUCAUCAUCUUUGCCUCCUACUGGCAGGGAUUCUUCCUCUCGAUUCUCGUCUGGACCGGGGCCAUCCCGGACGACGUCGAGGGCUACACGAGAGACAAUCUCGCGGCGGCGAUACAAGACGCGCUGAUCUGCGUGGAGAUGCCUGCUUUUGCCGUCGCUCAUUGGUACGCGUUCUCGUGGCACGAUUUUGCCGACAACAGGGUCCUUUCGGCGCGCAUGCCGCUCAACUACGCUUUGAGGGACGCCUUUGGCGCUCGAGACUUGAUCGAGGACACGAAGCAAACGUUUCGGGGCAGCGGCUACGGCUACCGAGCUUUCGACUCCGGGGAUAAAGUCAUGGCCCAUCAAGACUCCAAGUCGAGGAUCGCGAGACUGCGAGAAGGCAUGCGUUAUGAGAGGGGCGGUAAAGGCAAGUACUGGAUACCUCGGCCGGGAGAGGUGAAUUCAACGGCGCCCCUGCUGCGAUCGACGGACGGCGAGAGCUCGACCCAGCCGGAUCAGUUGAACGAGCACGCCCACGGGACGUUUGACGAACCUGAGCUGGACAGGGGUGACGAGGAGUUGUUCGAAUCUGCUCGGCAGCUCGAGCACGGAGAUUGGAACUAUCCCGUGAUCGUGGCCAAUGAACCGUUGCGGUCCAUGUAUUCGCCGCCUUGGGCGACACCUGCUCCUCGCUCGCCCUCCACCACCGUCUCCACCUUAGCCCCAGACCCCAAUCGGACGGAGUCCGCCGUCGAGCCGCAGGCGGUGGUGCCUGUCAAGAAGAGGAAGAAGAAGAAGGCGAAAGCGGUGGUCAAGCACCCGGAACCAGACCCCUUCAGCCUGGGCCUCGGUCAAGGGCCACCCGCUCCGGCAGCCGUAGAGCAGAAUGAGGUGGGUGAGGAGGGUGAGGGGGGUGGUGGUACGGCAGAAGAGGCGGUGCAAGAGGUGGGGCACGAGGCGGAAGCGUCUGGGCAGACACGGUCAUACCAUGUGCCCGACAGUGACGAGUUCCGAAACGUUUGGGACGGCGAUCGAUAA